AUGGCCAUGCUCAGAGUGUCUUCUUAUCGCAAGCUGUUUGAGGAUGAGAGGUGGAGUCGGAGCGGAGGGAUGAGUAUGCAGUGUGCGGGGCAGUCCCGUGUCCCUGUCAGGGGUGCGGCCGACUGUGACUGUGACAAGUUAGACUUUGUCGCUGCCAAGGCUCUUAACGAGGAGGGUCUGAACCGGUUUGUCCAGGACCGCAACAUCAUCUCUGCCCUCAACGACCGCCUGGUCAGACUUAUUGAACUGGCUCAUUGUUUCGAGGAGGAGAACGAGUCCCUUGAAUGUCAGAUUGUUGAACUUGAGGAGAAGCUGAACAGUCGAGCAGCUUCCUCCAGCGUCAGCGCCGCUCAGCCCGACCCUGACUACAGUCUGGAUUCAGUGGUGGAACGACUGCGCAGAGAGAGGGAUGAGAUUCUGUGUGACACUGAGGAGCUGCACAAAGAGCUGGAGCUUCUGAUGAAGGAGUAUGAGAAAGCUGCACAGCAGAGGAUCCUCCUGCAGCAGGGCCGACAAGAUGUCGCUGAGGAAGUCGACGCUGUGACAGCAGAGUGUUUGGCGCUGAGGGAGCAAGUGGCUAUCUACGAGCAGCAGCUGGCCAACAUGGAGGCCCAGCAUACAACGGAAGUGCAGAGUCUGGUGGAGCCGGCUGAAGGGACAACAGGAGCGGUGGCAGCUAUUACAUUUGGCAGCCCUGACAUCAGCCGGGCUCUGGAUGUAAAGGAGUACUACUGCCAGCUGGCUGAGAGCCUCCAGUUCGAGUGUGGUGCAGCCUCCUCCGCUGUGGUUCGCCCUGGUGAUGGAAAACAACUGGAAGUGGGAGGAGCUGCAGGGUCAGCAGUCAAAGACGUGUCAAAGAUAAAGGACGUCAGCGAGCUGGAGAUGCUGCUUUCAGAGCUACAGAAGGAGCUGGCUGAGCUGGAGAAGUAUAAUGAGGAGCUGGAGGACGAGGUCGAGAUGAAGAAGGCUGCAUACAUGGACGAGAUUGCUGAGUUGAAGUGUACUAUAGAGGAAAUGCAGCAGCAGGAGGCCGAUUUCCACGUGCAGAUGAAGGAGCAGUGUGAAGACUACAGGGUGCUGCUCAGUGAGAAGAUGGCCAGAGACAUGGAGAUCACCGCCUACAGGAGUCUGGUGGAGGAAGAGGAGGAGAGGCUGUGCUGCCUGUGA